UAAGACAGAAGCGUUAUAUGUAUAGGAGUAUCCUCUUUCAUUAAAAAUUAAAGGCACGUAUAUAAAGGCUAUAUAUUAUUAUUAUUGUUAUUCGUAUUGGCCAGGAUCCGAACAUGUCGGAUAAAGAUUUACCGUUUAUUUUAGUGCGGAUUUUUAGCAUAUUUUUUGCUGUUUUAAGUUUUGGUUUUCUCUGUGUUAAUUCAACAAAUCCAUGGAUCCUUAGACCUGUAGAGGUCGCCUCUAAGACAGUGUUUCCUGCCGAUUGUGUUGAUGGGGACGGAAAUACACGAUCACAUUUACAGAACUGGACAAGCUCAAGCGGAUCAUGUGAUAGACGUGUGUGCUAUGAAGGGAUGCUAGAAACAUUAAAAUGGCAAAUCAACUACGAUUGCGUUGGUGAGCACGAGUUACCAGAUGCAAUUAACUGUGAGUUUGUGUCUGAAACGGCCUUGACCUUUCCACAUUGUUGUCCAUAUCUUGUCUGUAACAAUGUAUCAGCUACAACAACAACACCUGCUCCAUGUUCCGAUCGGUCUCCACAAAAGGCAUGUGAAUACUGGAGGAACCAAACCAACUGUGUGGACAGUGAUGACAGUUUACUGACUGUAUUGUAUAAUUUUACAGUGGAGAACUGUGCACUUACUUGCGGGUUUUGUGCACCAUAGGACGUGACAAUUGCAAAAGAACUGGAUAUCGCCUUAUUCUCAUUUUAUCGUUGUUGUCCAUUGAAAUAAGGGAGAUAAUCCAUUCUCACUUAUAUUGUAUAGUUUGCAACUAUUACUGUUACCUCCCUUUGCACAUCUAAAAAGCUAUAUGUUUACUAAAAAAAAUGUUAUUUGAAUUCUGAACAAAAAAGAUACAGAUAAAAAAGAAAGAAAAGAAAAGUAAACAAAACACGCCCAAAAUACAUGAAUGCAAGUCAUUUUUCUUAAGAGCGAAUGUCAUAUGUACGAAAUCAUUGUUAAACAAUUAAACCCCUCUUCUGCAUAAUAUUUUCUUUUGGAACAUUUUAUUCUGUUUACCUACACUUUUGAUGUGUGUAAAAUAACAGUGACAUUCGUUGUUACAGCUUUUUCGAAAAUCUAAAUAAUGGAUAUGGUAAACAGUAUUUAACUGUUAUAGUAUAUUAUUCUAUAUUGUUAAGAAGGACACAUAUUGCUACUGUAAAAAUGCAAUCAGAACACAAUGAUAAUUAGACAUAACACUCCAUGGCCACUCCUCUAUCAAAGAUCGAUUAUUGGAAAUGAUUUAUAAUAUUUCUAUAAUUUCUAACUUUAAAAUAACACAAAAGAAAUCAUUAUAUAAGAGCUUAUUGUAUUUGUUUAAACUAUUUUUGUUAUAUGUAAUUGUUAUCAUGAUACAAAAUUUCUAUUUAUUUUUGUAAGUAAACAUUUCUUCAUUUUGA